UUCAAGUUCAACGUCAUUUCCAUUCAAUCUGAAAAAAAAGAAGAAGAAAGAGAAUGAAAUCAAAUCUUUAGAUUUAUUCAUUUAAUUUUCUCUCUUUUGCUCUCAUUUCCUGCAACUCCGAUCUAUAAAAUUCCAUCGUUUGUUGGAAAGAGCAAGAGAGGAAAAUUAAAUCAAAGAUAAAACGAUUAUUAGCAAUAAAGGACGACAAUGAAGAACUGUGAAAGACUCGCUAAUUUAGCUUUAGCAGGGUUGACGUUGGCACCACUUGUUGUGAAGGUGGACCCUAACUUGAAUGUUAUUUUGACUGCAUGCCUCGCAGUAUAUGUGGGCUGCUAUCGUUCUGUCAAGCCAACUCCACCAUUGGAGACAAUGUCUAAAGAGCAUGCUAUGCGUUUUCCGUUCAUUGGGAGUGCGAUGCUGUUAUCACUUUUCUUACUGUUCAAGUUCUUAUCAAAAGACUUGGUUAAUGCAGUAUUGACAUGCUAUUUCUUUGUGCUAGGAACUGUUGCCCUUUCGGCAACAAUAUUGCCUGCCAUGAAACGCUUCUUGCCAAAGCAUUGGAAUGAGGACCUUAUCAUUUGGCGUUUUCCAUACUUCCGAUCUUUGGAGAUUGAGUUCACAAGGUCUCAGAUCAUAGCUGCAAUUCCUGGAUCCUUUUUCUGUGCAUGGUACGCUUCACAGAAGCAUUGGCUGGCUAAUAAUAUUCUGGGUCUCGCUUUCUGCAUUCAGGGAAUUGAAAUGCUUUCUCUUGGAUCUUUUAAGACUGGCGCCAUUCUCUUGACUGGGCUUUUUGUAUACGAUAUAUUAUGGGUUUUUUUCACUCCCGUGAUGGUUAGUGUUGCAAAGUCUUUUGAUGCUCCUAUAAAGCUUUUGUUCCCAACAGCAGACUCUGCACGACCGUUUUCCAUGCUUGGACUUGGUGACAUUGUAAUUCCUGGUAUUUUUGUAGCGCUAGCUUUAAGAUUUGAUGCAUCUAGGGGGAAAGAGAGCCAGUAUUUUAAGAGUGCAUUUUCUGGAUACACAGUGGGAUUGGUCCUUACAAUUAUCGUCAUGAAUUGGUUUCAAGCUGCACAGCCUGCACUUUUGUAUAUUGUACCAGCUGUUAUGGGAUUCUUGGCUCUUCACUGUAUAUGGAACAGAGAAGUCAAACCGUUAUUGGAAUUUGAUGAAUCAAAUACUGAAAUUAAAUCUCAAGAAGGCAGCACUGACGAAUAUAGCAAGAAGGUUGAAUGAAGUUAUAGAAAGGCAAGCCAAACCACUCUGAAACUAUAUAUAUACACAUAUAUAUAUAUAUAGCUUGAAAAGGAAAUAGUGUUUUAUUUCUUACUGCAAAACCAGAUUUUGGAAUUAAACAAUAUUGUUUUCAUUUUACAAAAAUUCCAAUUUGCAUA